AAAAAGUACACAUAGACUUCAUACAAUAACCCAUGAAUGCAAACGAGGGGGCGAGCGGACCAUGUCGGCUUCUGGCCCCAUCAGCAACUACUACGUGGACUCGCUGCUCGGGCCCGACUCGGACGAGCUGCUCGCCCCUCGCUUCGCCGGCCCGGGCUCGGCUCGCCCCGCUCCGCUGGUCCCCGACUGCUCCGACUUCCCCUCGUGCAGCUUCGCCCCCAAACCCGCCGUGUUCGCCACCUCCUGGGCGCCGGUGGCCGCGCAACCCGCCGUGGGCUACCCGCACCCGCACGGCGCCGGCCACUUCGGGCCGCAGGCGGGCGAGCCCAGGUACGUCCGCACGUGGCUGGAGCCGCUGGCCGGGGUUUCCUUCCCUCCUUUCGGCGCUCGCCACUACGGCCUCAAGGACUCCUUCGGGCCGCGGAGGGGCGAGUGCUCGCCCGCGGACGGGCGCGCCUACGCGGAGCUGGUGUACGGAGCGCCCGGCGAGCUGCGGGAGCGCGGCGGCAUCGCGGCCUCCCCCGAGCCGCUGGAGGCCGUGGGAGGAGGCAAGCACAAAGAGGAGAAGCACGAGUUGGAGCCCAACAACCCCGUGGCCAAUUGGAUCCACGCGCGCUCCACCCGGAAGAAACGCUGCCCUUACACAAAAUAUCAAACCCUGGAACUGGAAAAAGAAUUUUUAUUCAAUAUGUACCUGACCAGGGACCGCAGGUACGAAGUGGCCCGAGGGCUGAACCUCACCGAGCGCCAGGUCAAAAUCUGGUUCCAGAACAGGAGAAUGAAAAUGAAGAAAAUGAAUAAAGAAAAAAACGAUAAGGAGCAGCAAUGAUAAUUUUAAAAAAAAAAAAAUUUAGGGGGAAAAAAAGGGAAAAAAAGGAAAAAAAAUUGAAUUUUUUUGCGUUUUUUUUGGGGUAAACGCGUCCUCCCGGAAGUGGAGAUGAGGAAAAAAUAGAGGAGAAAAGAAGGAAAUAUUGAUAAUUUAAAAAAAAUAAGUUUAAGUGUGGUUAAAAGGAAAAAAAAAAGGAAAAAAAAUUGGAUUUUUCUUUUUUUUUGUUGUUUUUUUUUUUUGGGGGGAAAAAAUUCCUCCUCAGAGGGUGGAGAUGAGGAAAAAACAGAAAAAAGAAAAGGAAAUGAUGAUAAUUUUAAAAAGGAAAUUUUUAGAGGGGUUAAAGGAAAAAAAAGGAGGAAAAAUGGAUUUUUUCUUUUUUUUUUGUUGGUUUU